AUGUUGAGAAGUAUUAUUACCAAUAACUCAACAAUAAGAAGAUAUUCAAUUGGUUUAGCGAGUAAAAAAAUGUCAACAACAACUACAACAACAAAACAAGAUCCAGCAUCAUUACAUAAUCCAUAUUUUUUCCAAAAACCAGGUCAAAAAGAUAUAUGGUCAUUAAUUAAUGAAACAGCAGCUCAAGCUCAAGAAGAAGAUCCAACAAAUAAAAUAAUAAAUUUAGGUCAGGGUUUUUUUUCAUAUAAUCCACCAGAAUUUGCCAUUGAUGCGGUAAAUGAUGCUUUGAUAAAACCUCAAUUUAAUCAAUACGCUCAUGCAAGAGGUAAUCCUAACUUGUUAAAACAAAUAGCGGCUCAUUAUUCAAAAGCAUAUGGAAGAGAAGUACCUAUUGAAGAGGUUCAAAUCACAACGGGAGCAAAUGAAGGUAUGUUUGCUAUAUUUUUUGGAUAUUUAACUCCUGGUGAUGAAGUUAUUGUAUUCGAGCCAUUUUUUGAUCAAUAUAUUCCAAACAUUGAAAUGACUGGUGCUAAAAUUAGAUAUGUUGAGAUAAAGUACCCUGAAAAAUUAAAUAGUCAAAAUGUUAGUGGUGAUGAUUGGGAAAUUGAUUGGGAAACUUUAGAAAAAUCAAUCAAUAGUAAAACAAAAAUGAUUGUAAUAAACACUCCUCAUAAUCCAAUUGGAAAAAUAUUUACAAAAGAAGAAUUACAUAGAAUUGGAGAAUUAGUUAUAAAAAACAAUUUACUUUUGGUGAGUGAUGAAGUUUAUGAGAAUUUAUACUAUACCCCAGAUUUCCCUAGACCUGCAACCUUAGAAUCCUUACCUGAAUUAAGAGAAAGAACAUUUACCGUUGGAUCAGCUGGGAAAUCAUUUGCUGCUACGGGAUGGAGAAUAGGGUAUAUUCAAGGACCAGCACCAUUAAUCAAAUACGUAACUGCUGCUCAUACAAGAAUUUGUUUCUCAACACCUGCACCAUUACAACAAGCUGUAUCACAAGCAUUUUCACAAGUAGAAGAAUUAAACUAUUUUGAAAAAGUUAGAUCUGAUUAUGUUAAGAAGUAUAAGAUUUUCACUGAAGUGUUUGAUGAAUUAGGUUUACCUUAUACAAAAGCGCAAGGUGGAUACUUUUUACUUGUGAAUUUAUCAAAAUUGAAAAUUCCAAAAGAUUAUAAAUUCCCUCAAUCAAUUUUAGAUAGAAAAACAUUAGAUUUCAAAUUAGCAUAUUGGUUAAUUAAAGAGAUAGGGGUUGUGGGAAUUCCACCAACUGAAUUUUUAAUUGAGUCAAAUAGAGUAGGUAAUGGAGUGGAGAAUUGUAUUAGAUUUGCUGUUUGUAAAGAUGAUCUGAUUUUAAAAGAAGCUGUUGAGAAAUUAAAAUUGUUGAAAAAUUAUUUAUAG